AUAAGAGAUCUGCUGUAUUUGUAUGAUUUCGUAUAAAUAUUUGAAGUCUAAUGCCCAAUUUUACACAGAAAUACAUUUUAAAAUCCAUACUGGCGGUUAGGGGUUCUUCUAUUAAUGUAAUACCUUUUUAAACUCUAUUAAAAUGGAGCCAAUUACCAAAGUUCCUUUGCCAUUAGAACCCAUAAAAUCAAAUCAGGUGGAGGACAGAAGAUUGUGGGUGGGCAAUUUAGAUUUAAGAAUUAAUGAGUACCAACUCCUAAAACUUGUCCAAAAACAUGGAACAAUCGAAAAGUUCGACCUCUUAUUUCACCGAUCAGGCCCACAAGCUGGUCUACCAAGAGGAUAUGCAUUUGUUACGUACAAAACUAUUCAAGAUGCUAAAGCAGCUAAAGAUGCUUUACAUAACUUAAAAGUGGGAGCAAAAAACAUUGUUGUUAGAUGGGCUCAUAGUGUGACAGAGUGUGACAUGGAUAAACAAAAACCAAAAAUAGAUAUACCUGCUUUAGCUGGUGCUAAAAAGGAAGAUAAAAGAAUCAGUCGUGAAACAGCAAUCCAAGCUAUAGAAGCAAAGUUGAAGUUAAUGAAAGAAUCAGAGGAAGAGUUUGAAUUAAAUAAACCAUUAAAUGGAUCACCUGUAAUACAUUUACAUCAAAAGACAGAAAAUCCAAAACCGUCCACGUCAACCCGUUAUCAAAAUCGAAGUAAUCAUUAUCAUAACAAUAAGCCAUACAACCGUCAUAAACCAAAAAGAUAA